UGAAACCAACCCUAAGCUCUUUUUAUCUCCGCCCUAAAGGUAGCCCUGAUUAUUGCUGACAAGCAUCGGAGUGUCUACCCCGAGUUCCACCUCGGGGCUUUGCAGGUCAUCUCGAAGUGGAAGCGCGGACUGAAGAAGGACUUCUAGUUUGGUGCAAUUACAUUGGCGCCGUCUGUGGGAAUCGAACUAAAAGCUUUCUAGUUGCUCUUUCAUCAUGGUUCACACUCGAUCAGUCCGAGCUGGUAAUUCAUCUCUGCCUCAUGGGCAAGGUCAACCACCCAACAACCUUCCACCUCUAAUCCCACCUCAAAUCCAACCUCAGCUGCCACCUCAGGUCCCAACCAUAUUCCCUCCUGUUGAUCAUGCAGAAGGAGGAGAUGAAAACCAACCCCAUACCUCAGCUCACAAUUCAACUUCCACUGCCAACCAAAAUGUGGUGACAACUCAGCUUGCUGCCAUGCAACAGCAGUUUGGUGUUUUUCAGUUGAAUCCUCAACCGGUUCAACUUGCUCCCGCUAUUAGCGAAUCUCAGGGUCAAUCCCACAUAGCACCCGCUCAACAACCCAUCCCUGAUGAUGUUACUCGCCGCCUCGAUAGCCUGGAGAAGCUAGUAGCCAAACACCAAGAGCUGAAGUCUUAUCUUAGCUCACCGCCUCUAUUGACUAAGGCUGUAGAUGGAGAACUUCUUUACUUGUACUUGGGGAUUUCAGAUGAGGCCAUUAGUUUAGUUAUGGUGAGAGAAGAAGCUAGGCAGCAGAAACCAAUUUAUUAUAUCAGCAGCGUGCUGCAUGGAGCAGAACUAAGGUAUCCUAUAGCUGAGAAAGCAGCAUUAGUAGUCGUCACUUCGGCCAGAAAGUUGAGGCCAUAUUUCCAGUCACACCCAAUUAUAGUUCUCACCGAUCAACCUCUCAAGCAGAUUCUACAGAAACCAGAGUGCUCUGGAAGAUUAAUUAAGUGGGCAGUAGAACUGGGAGAGUUUAAGAUAACGUUUCAGCAAAGAUCGGCCAUCCGAGCUCAAGCAUUAGCAAAUUUUAUUGUCGAAUGCACUCCAUGUCCUUCAACCUCUAAUCCAGAGUCCAACGAGUGGACCUUAUAUGUUGACGGAGCAUCUAGUAGCAGGGGUUCAGGGGCUGGCGCUCUCUUGAUUGGUCCAGAGGGAUACCGAAGCGUACAUGCCCUGAAGUUCAAUUUCGAUGCAACAAAUAACGUGGUUGAAUAUGAAGCUCUGUUACUUGGUCUACAGUUAGCAUUGGAGUUGAAAAUUAGUGCAAUUCAAAUAUACAGUGACACCCAGUUGGUGGUAAACCAAAUUAACUCAAUUUGUGAAGUUGUUGAUCCUGUGAUGGUGAAGUACGUUGCCUUGGUGGCCGAUCUGAAGUGCAAAUUCCAAAAAUUCUGUCUGAGUAAAAUUCCCCGAGUUGAGAAUGAACAGGCAGAUUUACUCUCCAAGUUCGCCUCUGAUGGCUCUUUAAAUGGAAUAGUACCUGAGGAAAGGCAAGAGGCAAUGAAGUUGAGGAAGAAAGCAUCUCGAUAUACACUUGUUGAUGGGGUCCUUUAUAAGAGAUCUUUUUCACUUCCUCUUCUGCGAUGCUUGAAUCCUUAUGAAGCCGAGUAUGCACUUCGGGAGGUACAUGAAGGUGUCUGUAGGAGCCACGUCGGUGCUAGAACUCUGGCUCACAAAGUCUUAAGGCAGAGAUAUUACUGGCCAAACAUGUAUAAGAAUGCCAUUCACUUUGUUCAGAAAUGUCCGAAGUGCCAAUUCUUUGCACAUCUGACUCACCAACCUGCAGAAGAACUCACGAACUUGGUAGCACCAUGGCCAUUUGCACAGUGGGGACUAGAUCUUUUGGGUCCAUUCGUGAAAGGGGUUGGUGGUGUGACCCAUCUGGUUGUUGGUGUGGAUUAUUUCACAAAAUGGGUUGAAGCUCGGCCUUUAUCUAGUCUUACUUCCAAGAAGGUCGAAGAUUUUGUUUUCAGCUCGAUCAUCUGCAGAUAUGGGAUCCCGAAUCAAAUUUUCACCUCCGUUUACCAUCUGGAGUCCAAUGGCAUGGUGGAAUCUGUUAACAAAUGCAUUUUGGAAGGAAUAAGGCCGAGAUUGGAGCAGCAUAAGGCCAAAUGGGCAGACGAGCUCAACAACAUCCUCUGGGCAUACAGAACCACGAGCCGAACUGCUACAGGACGAAAUGGACAACUGCUUCGAGAAAACCUUGAUCUGCUUGCUGAAGUCAGAGAAGAAGCUCGGCUUCGAACUCUUGUAUACAAGCAGAAACUAGCCAACUUCUAUAAUAAACGGGUCCGCCCUUGCGCAUUCAAAAUAGGAGAUCUUGUUCUCAGAAAAACUGGCCUAAUAGGGUUUGAAACUCGUUUUGGCAAACUCGCCCCGAAUUGAGAAAGCCCUUAUACCGUGGCCGAGGUGCCACAUCCUAGUGCCUAUGUCCUCCAACACGCUGAAGGAAAGAAAGUUCCUAAAGUCUGGAAUGUCAAUAACUUGAAGAAAUUUUACCCCUAAUAAAAUUCUUUCAAGAAAUCUGUCUUACAGUU